CUUUCUCUCUCUCUCUGUAAUUUUUUUCUGUGUGUUGGUUCCAUGGCAGAUCAUUCACGGCCCACAUCUCAUGAGUUUUGCAGCAGUUUUGGCUUUGGAAGUGUGUGUAAAGUUUGUAAAUCCUUCGUCUCAAUUUUAUCUCCUAAGAAGACACAUAAUCAACAACAUAAAGAUCAAAAGCCCAAAUCCAAUAUCCUCCAAGAUCAUCAUCACAAGCAGGUUAGUGUAAAGAAAAGCAGUGUUGAUGAAGCCAUAGAUGACAUUGAAGAAUUUAGAUAUAAACACAAUGAAGGAGCACAAGGAGGCGGCCGACUUAAUAAUAAUAAACACCAAAGCAACGAACAUUAUUACUACACAAGUUCUCCAAUUUCAAGUCCUCCUAGUUCAAGAAACACUAGCCCUUCUCGACUCUCCAGGACUAUUUCUCGAAUUUUUCGGACCACAAGCGUAAAAAAUCACAACUUUGUUCAUUCCAGUAACGGCAGUGGUGGUGGUGGUGCUAGUGGUGGCAGUACUGGACCGGCAUUCACGGGCACACUUUCGCGUAAUGCCAGUCGUACGCAUGAUAGUCAUGUUGACGUGACUACUCAUGCAGCUCCAAAAACCUUUUCGCGGAGUGUGAGCCUACGGAAUGGUGGUGGGGAAACACCCACAGCCUCAACAACAUUACCAGCCUCGUUCUCGCGUAAUGCUAGCCGGAGGAGCUCAACUCCGAUAAUGUUUUCCAACUCUACUGGAUUGGUAAAGCCACCACCUACGGAAAUGACACUUGAGUGCACCCUAGAGGAGUUGUGCUUUGGGUGCGUUAAGAAGAUGAAAGUUACAAGAGAUGCAAUUACAGAUAUUGGGCUAGCAGAAGAGGAGGAAGUACUAACAAUCAAAGUGAAGCCAGGAUGGACAAAAGGUACAAAGAUAACAUUUGAAGGCAAAGGUAAUGAGAGGCUAGGCACUUCCCCAGCAGAUGUAAUCUUCGUGAUCGGAGAAAAACGACACCCUCUAUUCAAGAGAGACGGCGACGAUUUGGAGUUGGCAGUAGAAAUCCCAUUGGUAAAAGCUCUAACAGGUUGCACUAUUUCCAUACCUUUGUUGGGUGGGGAGAAGAUGAGUUUAACCGUGGAUGAUAUUAUUUGUCCUGGUUAUGAAAAGAUUAUAGCAGGACAAGGUAUGCCUAAGCCCAAAGAGGAAGGGACCAGAGGGAACUUGAUUGUCACUUUCUUAGUAGCAUUUCCAACUGAACUUACGGAGGAACAGAAGUCUGAUGUAGUCAGGAUUUUAGAAGAUUCAUGUUGAGGGAAACUAAUUUGGUUUUUCUUGGUGGGCUUGAUUUGCAAUUAGAUGUACCGUACCAAGUAAAACAAGGUAUUAGAAUGAUGCAGGUUGUUAAAAUGGUGCUUGGUUUUCUCUUAACAAAAGAAAGGAGCUUCUUCACAAGUGUUCCAGAACUAUUGAGACUCUUACCAAUAGAUUUGUAUGUUCUAGGUUUCUUCUUCUGGAUUAGUUAGAAGAAUUUUCUUUUAUAAUCAGCUAAUACUAUUCUAUUAAAACAUUAAUAGGCAUUGUAUGCAAGAAAUAGUGUAUGCAGUGGUUAGACCAUCCCCAG